UCGACAAAGAAACCUCGACCCAUCCUCCGAGACUUGCGAAACACUCUGGCUCUGCAGGCAGCUGAGAGCGGUCGUUAUAGUAUUGAACAAGGUGGCCCCUUUGACACUUCCUCUCCCCCUGUCACAGAAAGUUCCUCCUCCCCCGAGCGUCGUAGACACCACGAAAAUGGCAAGUAUCGAUCCAGCCCCAUUGCCUUCCCUAUUACCCCGCAGACUGCACCGCUUAAUAUGCUAGGGUCCGCACCUGCCGAUGCGCUUGCCUUUCACGUUUGGAAUCGCGAAACACCUCUCGAGGAAGAAAACGUCUUCAAUAUCAAGCGUACCUCAUCGAUGAUCACUUCGUAUUCUGAUCGUGGAAGCCCCAAUAUCGACAAUACGCCUUCCCCUCUAGAAUCCAGGCAUGUUGCCAUCCAUCAGUCUACCCAACCGCUCAGACUGUGGCGUGUUCCGCUGAACCGAGGCGUCGUCGACCAGAAAGCCCUGGUCUUCACCAUCCCUCCGUGCUCUCCCACAAUCUCGCUCAGCCCACCUGCUGCAUCAAGUUCUCCGAUAUCUAACCUUGUUUCCAAACGUUCUGGUAGGACGUUCAGGCUCAUCCCAACUCAGGAUGACCGCUUCGUGCAUGCUGUUGCAACCGACCUGACUGACCGCAUCGAAAGCCCGUUGGAUAGUCCGUGCUCGUCCUCUCCAACACAUUUCGGCUUCCCUCCCGAUAUGCUCGCACUGCUUCAGGAACUCGAUGAACUUGCCGGUUGGGUCCAGGAUUUUCCAUGCCCCAAA